UAAACAGAAAAUAAUACAUUUAAUUUAAGGUCAAGCGGUCAAUCAGUUUAUUCGAAGCAGCUUGGGCCUUGGAGACUCUGGAGUUUCAAAAUGUCGUCGUUCUCAGCCCUCCAUGAACGAUUAGUCCAGUUAAAAGAGCCUAUAUUGGACUCUCUCGCCAGAACGAACUACACGCCACCGGAAAGCACCAACGUCUCCGUCAAAUCCACACUGGACUCUCUUCUCUCCGGCAAAAUCCCUAACCCAAAAUCCGACAUUCCCGAACACCAGUUGUUCACUUCGAUCACGAACUUCUCCUUAGCAUGUGCCUUAUUAGCCUCGUCUCAGUCCUCUGGCCACGAAUUGCUCUCGUGGAUCCCGAAGAACCUCUCGAUUUUGGCGGAGAAUGCGUUUGAUGAGCUAUCAAGAGCAUAUGUUGGUGUUUUAGGUGAGAGAAAUGAGAAGAAGAUUGGUGAUUUGGGUCUGGAAUGUGAAUUGAUAUCUGUUGAGAAGAGGUUGGUGGUGGAAUUGAUGCCUGAGGUUUUCCCUUUGUUGAAGGAGAGGAUUAAGGAGAGUUCCAUUGACAAAAGUGAUGAAGGCGACCAUUUUUCAGCAGCAUCAGCCAAGGCUCCUGUUGGGUACGCUGUACUCGCUGCUUAUCAGUUUAGAUGGUUUGUUACUCAGGUUGAAUAUCCUCAUUUGGGCAAGUUGUGUGCUUUGGUGAUUCCCUGCGCAUUGACAACUCUAGAUCACUGGUCACCUGAGGUGAAAGGCCAGGGCAUGAUCAGCUUCACUCAUCUUGCAAAAAAUGUUAAUUCUGCUGAGCUUGGCUGGUAUGAAGAUGUAAUUCUAGAUGCUUGUUGCCAGAAUAUUGCUUGUAGUGAUGAGAUAUGGCACCAUGUGGUUGAGAUGUCAGUACUUCUUGUUACUUCUAUCCAGAGGAAUGACCCGCGAAGCUCUUGGUUCGAAAGGAUAGUGAAUGAGAUGUUGGGUCACUUAGAACGCCAACCAAGGAACAAAGAGCGUCGUGUUAUAUGGCUUCGAUAUGUUGAACCUCUUCUUAAUGGUCUUGGUCUUGUGUUAUUAGCUCACUUUAGGCGAUUUUUUCCACUUUUCAUCAAGUGGAUGCAUGAUGAUGACGAUGAAACUGUACUACUGGUUCUGAAACGGAUGAAUGCACUUUUCAGGUUAACAUGGAUAAGGAAUACACCUUUUAUUGAAAGAGUGGUGGAUGAACUUGCUGUGCUGUAUAAAGAGGCAGCUAUGAGAAGGGCGCGUGAAGACAUUAGGGUUGCUGUUCUUCAGAUAUUGACCUUGCUGCAGCAAUGCAAAGGCAAGCAAUUUGAAGCAGCAUGGGACAAGCACAGGGAUGAUUUAGACUUGAUGAAUCUGAGUCUACAUUUAAGCAUAAAGGAAUGAAGGAAACCUUAUUGCAGUGCGGAGCAAUUUCAGCAGACUGGUUGAUAAAGAGGCUUAGAGCUAUGAUGCAUUUGCAAGCUCCUUGGUUUGAAACAUACAGUUAAGGCAUAAUCAACUCUUUUAAUGGAUUGAAUAUUGAACAUUUAAGACGGCCAGUGUGAUUUCUGUCAAGAGUGACAAGAUCAAAAGGGUCAAGGAUUCCGUGGAGAAGUGGUGCUCAUGGUAAAAGUUGCGUAAAGGUGUAGAUGAAAGAGUGCAAUGCCUAGCAUUUUUGAGAUGGGUAUCUUUCUCUAGCACUUUUGGAAUCGGUUUGUAAAGGGUAUGAAUUUCUGUACCCUCUAAUCAGUUUUUAGGAGUUAUUGGUUCAUAUUGAAUGCAUAUUCUUCACUGUGAGAAGUGUAUCUUUCAUGAGUUGUUCUCAUUGUUUCCACGCAUUAUUGUGAUUGCUCCAAUUUCAAUUCUAGUUCUGUUUAGGCAUGUAGCCUGGCAAUAAUAGACAUUUGGUUCUUAUGCUGAUGAUGCAUAUGGGACAUGAAGAAUGGUAUAUUUUCUUUGAAUGGAUGUUGCUAUUAAUGUAUUGUUGAUACGCCUUUGGUGAA